AUGAUCCCACGACGACUCGGUCUGCAAGGUUUGCCUCGGCGGGCCAGGCCAUCAUCUCGCAGCCUUCUCCUCCCUCUCUCCCUCCCUCUCGCUCUCCCUCGCCCUGCACCGCUCCGCGCCCCCCGUGCCAGCCUACGACAGGCACGGCACCUCACUUCCACCGCCCCCCAGCCUUCCCAAGAUGUCUUCCACGCCCAGGCCACCGACCCCUCCUCGGCGGCGAUCCUCUCUUCAUUCAAACCCGCCUCCAGCAUCCCCCAGACUCUCACCGAGAAGAUCGUCCAGAGAUACUCCCUCGGCCUGCCAGACGGCAAGGUCGUGAAGUCCGGCGACUAUGUGACCCUCUCCCCCCACCACUGCAUGACGCACGACAAUUCGUGGCCGGUGGCCUUGAAGUUCAUGUCCAUCGGUGCCAGCAAGAUCCACGACCCCAAGCAGAUUGUCAUGACCCUGGACCACGACGUGCAGAACACGAGCGAGGCGAAUCUGAAGAAGUACAGGCAGAUCGAGGAGUUUGCGAAGAAGCAAGGCGUGGACUUCUAUCCGGCGGGACGCGGAAUCGGGCACCAGAUCAUGGUCGAGGAGGGAUAUGCGUGGCCCGGGACCAUGACCGUUGCCAGUGACAGUCACAGCAAUAUGUAUGGGGGGGUCGGCUGUCUCGGCACGGCCAUGGUCAGGACGGAUGCGGCGAGUAUCUGGGCGACAGGCAAGACCUGGUGGCAGAUCCCCCCCAUCGCAAAGGUCACCUUGACCGGCGUUCUGCCCAAGGGCGUCACGGGCAAGGAUGUGAUCGUGGCGCUGUGCGGCCUGUUCAAUAACGACGAGGUGCUCAACCAUGCCAUCGAGUUUACCGGAUCGGAACAGACCAUGCGCAGUCUGCCGGUGGACGACCGGUUGGCGAUUGCCAACAUGACGACGGAGUGGGGAGCGCUGACUGGCUUGUUCCCAAUUGACUCGAUGCUGCAGGCCUGGAUGCGAGCGAAGGCUACGACCUCGGCGCUGUACGAUGAGCCGGGUAUGAGGUCCAAGUUCUCGCAUGAGAGGAUCAACGACUUGAUCCAGAACCAGCUGACGGCAGACAAGGGAGCUGCCUACGCCAAGUCACUCUAUCUCAACCUCUCGACCCUCUCUCCCUAUGUUUCUGGACCCAACUCGGUCAAGGUCGCUACACCAUUGCGGGAUCUAGAGGCGCAGGAGAUCAAGCUGCACAAGGCAUAUCUGGUAUCCUGCACCAACUCUCGAGCUUCGGAUCUGGCAGCUGCCGCCAGAGUGUUCCAGGAGGCAUCUGUAUCUGGCACCCCGGCCAAGAUCGCCCCGGGCGUCGAGUUCUACAUCGCUGCUGCAUCGAUUCCAGAGCAAGAGGUGGCAGAAGACGCCGGCGACUGGCAAAUACUGAUCGACGCGGGAGCCAAGGUUUUGCCAGCGGGAUGCGGGCCCUGCAUUGGCCUUGGAACGGGCUUGCUAGAGCCAGGAGAAGUCGGGAUCAGUGCCAGCAACCGGAACUUCAAGGGACGCAUGGGAUCGCCAGAUGCCAAGGCGUAUCUCGCCAGUCCGGAAGUCGUAGCAGCCAGUGCGCUGAGCGGCAAGAUCUGCGGGCCAGGGUGGUACGAAAAACCCAUCGGUGUCGAGAAAGUCGUCCUGGGGGAAGGGAAUGGUAUUGCUGAAGAGGACAAGGCUAUCAGCAUCGAGGAGGCUCUUGACCGACUAAUUGCGCAAGCUGACUCUAUCAUCGGCACCGCGGAGGAAGAGAUCCUUGGCAAAAAAUCCGAGUCUGCCGAGGAAUCACCCGAUGAUGCCGUGACUGCCAUCCUCCCUGGCUUCCCCGAGCGCGUGGAAGGAGAAAUUGUGUUCUGCGACGCAGACAACAUCAAUACGGACGGUAUCUACCCCGGAAAAUACACUUACCAAGACGGUGUCUCGAUUGAGAAGAUGGCGGAGGUCUGUAUGGAGAACUACGAUCCCGCAUUCGGAUCUAUCGCCCGCGAAGGCGAUAUCCUGGUCUCGGGAUUCAACUUUGGGUGCGGUAGCUCAAGAGAACAAGCCGCGACGGCUAUCCUCGCCAAGAAGAUCCCGCUCGUGGUCUCUGGUAGCUUCGGCAACAUCUUUGCAAGAAAUAGCAUCAACAAUGCUCUCAUGGGCGUCGAAGUUCCCCGCUUGGUGCAGAGACUGAGGGAGCAUUUCUCGAGUCCGAAGGUGGAGGCGAAGACCGAUGUCAAAGAGCCAUCGGCCAACAAGGACAGUCUGGACAGCCCACCGCCAGCACCGCAGGCGCGUCCUGCCGAGGAGAAGGUAUUGACGCGCAGGACAGGAUGGACCUUCUUGUGGGACGUCAAGAGGAGCAAGGUGGUGAUUACGGAAGGGCCCGGCGGCGCGACCUGGAGCCAGAAAGUUGGCGAGUUGCCGCCGAAUGUGCAGGAGAUUAUCGCGAGGGGUGGGUUGGAGAAGUGGGUGAAGGGAGAGAUUGGGGGUUGA